AUGGGACCUUGGUGGCUUGGUUUGGGCGCUGCGAGUGUCGGGAUUUCUCCCUGCCCGACUGUCGGAACUGUUCUUCCCUUUUUGAAACAGUGUCUUAGUGUCCCUCAGACUUUUGCUGUUCGGAAUUAUAAGGUUGUCGGUCGCCUUCGGUUAAGAUGCCGUGACUGUUUCUUUGAGAGGCGGGAUAAUCGACUGUAUGUCGAAUGUAAGACUCAUGCGCGUCACCGACAGGCACAGAUAAUGACUGAACCUCGAACUCCAUGGCGGUUUCGUCGGAAGAUUUGGAAACAUGUCAGGUGGUACUGA